GCUUCAAAAUAAAACCACUGCAGCCGUGUAUUUUAAGCAUUUAUGGUGGCUGUUGUAAAAACCAUGAAGGCUAAACGGAAGAUCCCCGCGCUGUUUCUCUCUCUGAGUCUCUAUUUUGUGUUACGAGCAUCAGAUACCAAGUGAAACCAGGAGAGAGCACCACGCACGCGCGCAAGGAAGAGAUUGGACACCUGAUUUUGUCGGGUGUCUGUAGAGCGCUGUUUUACAUUUGAACUCAAAGAAAAUCCGUGUGUUAUUUUCGGAAGGCCCUGACGCUGCAGCGGGGCAGCCACGGUGGAUUAUAACCAGCAUGGACAUAUGGGGAAAAGAGGACAGAUCACUGCGUUGACUUUUGAAGCAACGCGUCGAGUCUUGACGCUGUAGCGUUACGCAUUUAUUUCACUGUGAGCGCCGUUUUUUUUUUUAGCCCCCCUCCUGUUUGAAUUGCCCUCACCGCUGCAUCUCAACAUAAUUAAAGUCAAAUAUCUGUGGAUAAGAAGCAGCGCUGGGUGUUGUCAGAGAGGGAUGAGAGGAGGAGGAGGAGGGGGCAGUAUGAGGUGUGCUUUUUUUGGAAAAGCCGGAGAAAGACAGACACCGAGAAGGUGUACUGAUGUGCGAGAGCCUGCGACGCGUUGCCCUCCUGAGAAAUAAUUGCGAUCCGGGAAGAAAUGGCCUAGUUUGAACAUCAUCGACACGCCGGCAGAGGAUAGAAAAGAAGAAGAAUCGCGUUUAGAUACAUGGACGGGCCAUCAUCAUCAUCAUCGUCACCAUCAUAAUUCCGGUGCUUGCAUCGAGUCUUUGAGGUGUAAUUGGCUCCCUGACUGCAGCUCUGGACCCAUCAGGAGAUCCUAAGAGACGGAUGAGACCACAGCGUCUACCUGAGAAUGCGAACUGUCCCUGCGUCUCACCAUGUCACUAUAGGAGAACUGUUAACCUGUCCCCAUCCACAAAUCCUCUUUUUUCCUCCGUUAUCCCCGGUAAACCUCUGAGUUUGUGAUCCCUUCUCUGCACCCGUCCUGAAGUAAAAUGACUAAAAGAGCCUUUAUUUUGGACAUGUUGUUUUUUCCUUUCAAUGCUGCCAGCCACCAGGGCUAUGGUGGAAAGCGUCAUUAUACUUCUCAGCAGGUCGCUAAUCACUGUCUGUUGUGGCUACUGGGACUGGUUUUACACCUCACACUUUCCACGUGUCAACGAGUCGACCUGAAACACCCCAUAGUAUCCACAGGCUAUGGGAAGGUUCGUGGGAUCAGGAAGGAGCUCAACAAUGAGAUCCUGGGUCCUGUGGAACAGUACUUAGGUGUGCCAUAUGCCACCGCGCCGAUCGGCGAGCGCCGUUUCCAGCCUCCUGAAGCGCCAGGAUCCUGGCAAGAGAUCCGCAACGCCACCCAGUUUGCUCCGGUGUGCCCCCAGAAUGUGCACGGGGUUUUACCUGAGAUCAUGCUACCUGUGUGGUUUACAGACAACCUGGAUGCUGCAGCGACUUAUGUUCAGAACCAGAGCGAGGACUGCCUUUACCUCAACAUCUAUGUACCCACUGAAGACGGUCCGCUUACAAAAAAACAAGAUGAGUCUACAAUGAACAGACCCAGGGAUGAAGAUAUCCGGGACCGCCGUAAGAAGCCGGUGAUGCUCUUCAUCCACGGGGGCUCCUACAUGGAGGGCUCAGGGAACAUGUUUGACGGCAGCGUCCUCGCUGCCUACGGAAAUGUCAUCGUGGUCACCAUGAACUAUCGCCUCGGUGUGCUCGGUUUUCUCAGCACGGGGGACCAGUCUGCAAAGGGGAACUAUGGCCUGCUGGACCAGAUCCAAGCCCUGCGCUGGCUCAAUGAAAACAUCGGCCACUUUGGAGGAGACCCAGAGAGAAUCACCAUUUUUGGUUCAGGAGCUGGUGCCACCUGUGUCAAUCUCCUGAUCCUCUCCCACCACUCAGAGGGUCUGUUCCAGAGAGCCAUUGCACAGAGCGGCUCAGCCAUCUCCAGCUGGGCGGUCAACUACAGACCCGUCAUGUACACCAAGAUCCUCGCCAAGAAGGUCGGCUGCACUCACGGGGACAUGGCUGCCCUGGUGGACUGCCUGAGGAGGAAGAGUUUCCGGGAGCUGGUGGACCAGGACAUCCAGCCCGCACGCUACCACAUCGCCUUUGGGCCGGUGGUGGACGGAGACGUGGUGCCCGACGACCCUGAGAUCCUCAUGCAGCAGGGAGAGUUCCUGAACUAUGACAUCCUGCUCGGUGUGAACCAGGGAGAGGGUCUUAAGUUUGUGGACGACAGUGAAGGAGAAGAUGGAAUAUCCGCAGCGUCGUUUGACUAUACAAUCUCUAACUUUGUGGACAAUCUAUAUGGAUACCCUGAUGGUAAAGACAUCCUGAGGGAGACCAUAAAGUUCAUGUACACUGACUGGGCAGACAGGGACAACAGUGACAUGCGUAGGAAGACCCUCCUGGCUCUGUUCACGGACCAUCAGUGGGUCGCCCCUGCUGUCGCCACUGCCAAACUGCACGCUGAGUUUCAGUCGCCCGUAUUUUUCUACACCUUCCACCACCACUGUCAGACCGAGGCCAGGCCAGAGUGGGCGGACGCGGCCCAUGGAGACGAGAUCCCUUAUGUGUUUGGGAUUCCCAUGGUUGGAGCAACUGACCUGUUCCCCUGCAACUUCUCCAAGAACGACGUGAUGCUCAGCGCCGUAGUCAUGACAUACUGGACCAACUUUGCAAAGACAGGAGAUCCCAACUUACCCGUUCCUCAGGACACCACGUUCAUCCACACCAAGCCAAACCGCUUCGAGGAGGUCAUCUGGACCAAGUUCAGCUCCAAAGACAAGCAGUACUUACACAUCGGCCUGAAGCCGCGCGUCAGAGACAACUACCGCGCCAACAAGGUGGCCUUCUGGCUGGAGCUGGUGCCUCAUCUCCAUAGCCUCCACAAGGACAUCAUCAGCUCCAUCACCACUCAACGACCAUCUGGAGGACUAAUCCCCCGGAAGGUCACUCCACGCCCAGGCAGCCACCCUACACCUGCUCCACCCGAGCCUGACCCCGAUAGUUCAGAGAGACCCCGCUACUCCCCGUUCCCCACUGAGACGAGGGACUACUCCACGGAGCUGAGCGUGACGGUGGCUGUGGGCGCUUCGCUCCUUUUCCUGAAUGUGCUGGCCUUCGCCGCGCUGUACUACAAACGGGAUAAACGCCAUGAACUCAUGCAGAGACGCCACCGCCGACUGUCCCCACAGCGCGGCACCACCAUGGGCAUGGGCGUGGGCAUGGGAGUGGUUGGGGCCCCGCCGCACAAUGACCUGGCGCUGAGUCAGGAGGAGGAGCUCAUGUCACUGCAGAUGAAGCAGCAGAGAGUGGAGCUGGAGCAUGGAACCCCGCUCCCAUCCCGCGCCCUCCACGGUGACCUGGAACCCCUGCGGCCACCCGUGUGUCCGCCCGACUACACACUGGCCCUGCGGAGAGCACCGGAGGACGUGCCACUGAUGACAGCCAACACCAUCACCAUGAUCCCCAGCACCAUCAGCGGCAUGCAGCCCCUCCACCCCUUCAACACUUACCCCCCUGUCCCGGCCCCAUCAACCACACCGGUCCCCAGCCACAGCAACAAUGCCCUGCCACACCAACACUCCACCACCCGUGUAUAGGACCAGGCACAACCGCACAAACUGCUCCAUACAAUCUCCACCCCCACCACCCUCUCCUUCUUUAUUGUACCUUUGUCUUUUCUCAUUCAGCCCUCAAAUAAAGCUGCAGUUUGUAAGAUUUUAAGCGGGGAAAUACCUCUUAAAAUGUAACCAUAAAUCAAGGGGGGGUGUACUGAAAAAGCUCCUCCCAAAUCAUGAAAGGUUUAUACUGCUUUGCCCUGCAAAGGUAAUCAUGCUCAUGUGAGCCACCAAAUGCAGCUUUACAACCUAUCCACUAUCAGUCAGUUAUCCUAUGUGUAGCUUGGUUGUUUUGCGCAUGUGUUGUUGUGUCGGUGUAAAACUAUGUUUGACAUAGCGACAUAAAUUCAUUCUCAUUCAUUUAGUGGAAAGAGAAUACAGUAGCGAGCAGCUUUGUAUGAGGCAACAUAUGCCCUCACAAGCUGUCUGUCAUAAAACGGUGAUUUCUUGAAACUUACAAAUUGCAGCUUUAAAGGCCCAAUCUGGAAGUGAAACUUGGCUCUGUGUGUUGAGCACUGUCCUAACAGCUGUCUCAUUGUUUAGACUUGUGAACUGAACUGACAGCACCACAACGGCAAGGAGGAUCUAUUUGUCAUUUUGAAGAUGAUUUCCUGCAAAUUUAUGUUCUGGUUUUUCGUUCAGUUGUGAUCUAAAUGUCAUUAAGGUUGAAAAACUGAAUAUAGCUUCCAAGACAUUUUCAGAUUGGGGCUUCAACUGUUGGGCGAUACAUGAAAUACCUGAAUCAUUCAGUCUGCGGGAUGCAACCUGGAAUCCAGGCUGCCCAUUAGAUCUCGCUGCAUCUCCGCCGUGAUCACAUUCAUUACUUUGUUUCCCACUCAUUAUCUCUGUCUGCAUCCCAUUAAACCGCCUCUCUCUUUUCACCCUUCUUCUCUGCACAUCUGCCCUCGUAGCUCUUUUUAUUAAACCGUCGACAUGAUCCACCUCCAUCUCCUCUUUCUCGCAAUCACUUCUAGACUCUCUUUUCCUUUUGGAGUCUUUUAUACAAGAGAAAAAAACACAAAUGUAAAUGAUGUAUUAUUAAUAAAUUGUAAGGAUAUGAAUGAAAAAAAAAAAAGAUAUUCUGAUAUCUCGUUUUUACCAGCAUUCUUGGUGCCAAGUACUGUGAUAAAGUUCCUCUCACUGGCGUCCAGUGGAGCGCCUGGAGAGGUCCAUCCUGACUCUAUCUUACAAAAGGAAAUACCAUCAUAAAAAGUGCCAACCCCUUCAUCUUUCUGUUUGAUCCACACACCUUUUUUUUUUUUAUUACACUCAAUGUUGCACUGUGGCUGGUCUCUUCUUUAAAGGGAAAUCAGAUUCAGUAUAUCCUCUUAAAAAAAUAAUAUAAAAUUUUAUUAACUACUUUGCUGUGUGGGAUAUUUGCAUGUUAUUUUUUUAUUUUAUGGAGUGUGGACGGAGAAGUUUGUCAUUUUGAUUUGCCUUUUUCUUCAUUGAUUUUAUUUUAAAAAUCAUUAUCAUUUUCUAUUUUAAUAUCAGCUGCACUUUGUGGUACUUUGAAAGAGGGUAUUAAAGUAUUAAGAGAUAAUUAUUGUGUAAAACUAUGAUUAUAACAAAGAGAGUAAAUAUGUCCGCUUUAUUUUUUUCAUUUCCUAACACUGAGGCUGUGCCGCAAAACUACUAGAGAGACUGAUGAAAGACUUUUUUCUUUCCGCCCUCUUUUCGCUCUGUUUCUCUUUAUCUUUUGCAACUGUCAAGUCUGCAGUCACUGUAUCUCGAUCUCACCUGAAGAUAGCACUUUUUUAAGUUACGAAAAGAAAAAAGAAAACUACUUUACAUGACUAGUCUAAUAAGGUUUUUGUCUGUGACUGACAUUAACCAUGUGCUUCAAGUGUUCGAAGACUGCCUGACAGUUUCUCUUUAUGUCUGCUCUUUUGUUGUUUCAUGAUUCUCCCCCCACUGCAAGGCGGCGGGGGAAAGGAGAAGAUAUAUAUUUAUGACGGUCAAAAGGUGAGAAAGCCUUGUACUCGCAUUUCACAUCUUUCGCACAACUGAACACAGAGACGGGUCACACUCUGGACUAUCCUGGAAAAAAAAAAACAGUGGCAUUAGGACAACACUGGACGAAUGCCGAUGAAAUAUCUCGUCAGCUGAUCUGUCAGUGCACAGAGGAUGCAUUCUAAAAAAAAAAGAGAAAAACCUGAUUUAAAAAAAUAAAUCUUUAUGACAGACAUUACUCAUACACCACAUACCACAAAAACAAGGCGUGCAGGAUUCAUCUGCCCCCCUUGUAACGCUCUGUAUCCUGUCUGCUUAGGAUAACAACACUCUGGAUCCAGACUGCCAUCCCUCACACUGGACUGGAGCGCUCUGCGAGGACAAAAACAACAAAAAACCAAUACAUGAAACAAACUGUACAUUUUUUAAGUGUAAGAGAACAAACUGGAAUUUGUAAAUAUUAUGUUUGUCGUUUGGUUUGAGUGAUUGGCCGGAUCUUUUCUUUGUGACAACAGGUGCAAGUUCCGAUGACUUGAUUUGUUUAGCACUCAUGCGUAUGUUUGAUUCUCCUUCAAUUCCUAGAUCUCAAGGGCAAGUUCCAAUAGCUUAUUGGUACAUGUAAACAUCUGCUUACAUGGUGGUAGUUAUUAAAAAAACAAAGCAUGGUUUCGGUGACAAUACACUGGAGGCUCAUGUUCGCCUAGAUAUGGUGGUAAAAAUGUCUUGACUGCUAAUAUGGCUGUUUACACUAACCUUUCAGUCAUGAUGAUGGCAGCUUUAGAUUGAACAAGCCCUUUGAUUGGUUAAAAAGCCAAAGAACAGCUGCAUAGAGCAUACAGUAGACAGGAAAAUGAGGUAGCUUAAAAAAUACAAGGUAUGGCAGGUGUUUCAAAUGUGCUCAAAAUAAACCACAAAUCAAGUAUUUUUUCUUGUGAUGCUAACUGUUAGUGUCUCACGUUGUCUUGAGCAUCAUCAUACAGUAUUAACCCAGAAGUGGGAGGUAGUAGAGUCCUUUGUACUCUUUUGUCUUUUUUCAGACUCUAAUCAUGGUGGUUGUUUUGCUACCUUUUGUCUGCACAUUCUGUUUAUGGGAAUACUGGCCCAGCUGUUUGGUGUGAGUUUGAGUUGCCCACGCUUCUAGAAACAGCAUUUCUAAGAUUUGUUUUGUUUUGUUUUGUUUUUUCGAAACAAGGGUUUUGGACAGCCAACAGGUAACGGAAGCACACUCACCAAGUUUACAUGUUUACACUACAGUUUUGAUGUUGGCUGGAGGUAACAAGUUAAAAAAAUAAAAAUAAAAAGCAUUACAAGGAUCCAAAUAUCUUCUUAGUACAACAUUUAUUCCUGGAAUGGUUUAGUGAAGGCUUGCACCUGUUUGUCUGUUUCAUUUAGUCUGAUUCAGUAACCUGCUUGAAGCUCAAGAUACUGUGAGAGAGCAUAAUGACCAGAAGGGGUUGAAGAAUUAAAGUUAAUAUUUCUAUUUCAA